AUGAAGUUUAUUCUAGUGUUGAGCUUCUUGGCCGUCUGUGCUAGCCAAGAACUGCCUGUCACCCUUCCAUCGGCUGAUCUACUCAGCCAAGUGAUUGCCGAUCUGAACAGAAUCUUGGCCAUCCUAGGUAUUCCAGCUGUCGACCCAAUCACCCUGCCACAAGGAGUAUCUAUUCCUAGUAUACCUACAGUUGACGGAGUAUCUCUACCAGGUGGUGUGUCACUCCCAGGUGGAGUUUCAGCCCCAAGCCUUCCAGGAGUGUCCGACCUUCCAGUUGGCGGCCGAAAGAAGCGUCAGGCUGAGUCAACCCUCGAGGAGAUUCUUGCUGAGAUCAACUACCUUUUGAGUGCUUUGGGUCUACCAAACAUUGAUCCAAACAGUGUCACUUUGCCAGCCGGAGUAUCUGUACCAGCCGGCAUCACACUUCCGAGCAUUGGUGGAGUAUCUCUUCCAGUGUCUCUGCCAGGCGUUGGCGGAGUAUCUGCUCCAGUAUCAGCUCCAAGCCUUCCUGGAGUAUCUGAAGUUCCUCUUCGUGCUAAACGUCAUGUGACUGGCGGUCCAGUACCUUCACUUGGCACGUUUUUACAAGAAAUUAUAGACCUUUUGAAGUCAUUGCUUGGAUUAAAUGACAAUAAUGAACCGAGCGUUUCAACACCGAGUGUUGAAGUACCAUCAGACCUUCCAGUUACUCUUUCAUAA